CCCAGAUGAAGAAAGCAGACCUCCAUCGCUGAUCCAGCCAAGCUGAAAGCUUCAUCAGCAAGUACUCCCAUUCAAAACUUUUCUGUUGAUGCUCUUGUAUUGUGACACAACUGUCAGUUUCUGGAUGAGGAGAGAGCCACAGAUGGUGUGUGAAGGUCAAAUGAGAGUGAACUAAAUGAAGACAAAAGCAACUCUGUAAAUCAGCAACGAAAAGAGCAGGAAUAACACUUUGAGGCAGUCACCAUGGAGACCAGCCUGCUUUCCGAAAUGGCUGUUCUAACAGACUGUAAAAUGGAUCCUGGGUAUAUAGAGGACCAGAAAUGCCAGUUCAGCAAGGAUAAAGAAUGUUUUGCCACAUAUUUCUCAGAGUACCUAGAUACCACAAAGAGCAACCUUCAGGAAGACAAAGAUGAGCAAGAAAGCAAAGACCUAACCAAUGAAUGUGAUAGCUCAGGAGAAUCUGAUGAAACCAUAGACCCUCAAGAGGGCCUUUUGGCCAAGGUAAAAGAACAAGAGGAUUCAAAACCCAGAGAACCUUUGACCUCUGAGCUUUACGAAGGCUCUCACAUGAAUGACCAACAAGAAGAGGUAGAGAAAAUCAACAUUUCCAAUAAUGUCCAGGAGGAAGAACACAUUGAGCCCCAGGAACAGGUGGAUGAACAAGAAAAAUCUGGGAUAGAGCAGCAAAUCGAAGAGUUAGCAAUUUCAGAAGUCCCAACUGAAUCAAAGGAUAUGGAUCUAGAUGAAUUAAGUGAUUGUCUGCAUGUGGAGAUGGCCAUUAUUUCAUCAGACAGUGAUGCUGAGGAGCAAUGGAGGUCUGUAGUUUCAUCAACUGUUGACAAAGAAGAGGUUGAAGAUAAUGGUGAUCUCUUUGGUAUGGAUGAACCAGAGAACAAUUCUGAGGACCAAGCAUUGCAGGAAGACGAUGUGGUGAAUGAGAGUAAUGCUGAAAAUGAAGAUGUAACCCUGGCGAUGAAUAUCAGUGAAAGUGAUAUUCUAGAACAACCAGAAUGUCCCACGGAAUGUGAGCUGCAGGAUAUUGCUUUGGAUUCCACUGUCCAUUACUGUACCAAGAUUCCAGAGGAUGAGGAAGAGCUUGUGCAAAGCUCAAAGCACAACCUGCAGCGCCUGUCCUGCUCAACAUCUGAGCUUGACAAGAGGGUGCCACAAGACUUCUGUGUGGUUCAGGACAUAAAGAGUGAAAAUGUCAGCAUGGAGCACUUGGAUUUCAGAGUGGCUCGCAAGCAAUGGCAGAAGAUGGAUGAGCAAACCAAGGGUCAGGUGCCAGUGGUGAGGCUGGGGUCUUGUCAGGUUGGUCACAGCUUCAUGUAUACACCUGUGCGCAACAUUGACCGCCCUAGAAAAGACACAGACAUAGAGAGUCUUGGUCUGGGAGAUUACCAGUACGCUCAGUUUAGCCCCUGUUCGGAAGACUCUGGUCUAGACGACACAAGCUACAGGUCCACUUUCGAUGAGCCAGAGACUUCAGUGGAUAGGGAGAUCCGUGAAGCUCUGGAGCGAGAAGACAAUUUCAGGCGAGAGAUGGCAAUGGCAAAGGCCUCUGCUGUUGAGGCUACGCAAGUUAAUCUCAGGCCUGGUACUCUUCAACACAGCAAAUCAGAGCCUGGGAAGCGAGGAAGGAUGUUUGACACACCAGAGGACAGAUGCAAGUCUCAAAAAUCUCCUAGAGCAAGAACUCCAACUUUCUCCAUUACUGCUUCAUCUGGAAGAGGCCCCACAUACCACGAAAUGACUGCCAACAACGUAAAUAUACUCAAGCCAGAUUCGUAUCCCAUCAGCCCACUAAGUCAGGGGAAAGAAGGGCUGCUCACUCCAAAGAGAAAUUGCCAAGAAUGGCCAUCAGACAUGAACAACGUCAUUAUCUUGGAGACAUCCAAUCUCAUCAUCCGAAGUGCCUCGGAAUUCUGCCUGAGCACUGCAUACCAAGAGACACAAGAGAGCACGUUUCACAAUAAUCCCUUUUUCAAACUGCGCUCACAUAGCACCCAGUCUCUGGUGGACCAGGAAAUCAAAAUGGUGAAGCAAAGAGAAGAGGAGCUCAGGAGGCAGAGAGCAGAACUAUAUGUAAAGAACAGAUAUGACACAGUCCUAGUGUCCCCCAGCCAAUGGCAGAAUUUAACUUAUGAGCGAUUAGGAGAAAUACCAAAUAAAUCAACGUCAUCCCCCUCGUCUCCUUCGAAGACACGCAAAAUGGACCGCUCUGCUUUGUCCUGUGACCACAAGUUUUACAGGUGAAACUUUCUACUUUAGUUCCCAGAGGCACCUAACCCUCGAGUCAGACGGAAAUGUGCACUGGCCCAGAGAUGGGAGGCAGGUAUCUUUGCCAAUCAUCAGAAACAAGACUGAAUGAUUUGAUUAUAUGAAGCACCUAAACUCAAAUCAAGUCUCUAUUACAGUGAAAGCAUGCAUAAAUAGUUUAGAGAGUAAUACAUUCAGUACUUAGACAAACUUGAAACUAAUUAGGUAGGUACUAAAAAUCUAUUUACGGCACAGUAAAACUUUACCUUUUACAUUUUCUUAUGGCAAUAGUAUAGUAUUUUCCUUCUGAAUUUGAUCCUGGA